CCUUACGACAUUGUUUAGGAAACUAAUGUUAGCGUACUUCUGCUCGUGUCGUUGAGGCGGUUGAACAAAAAAACUUCAUCCAGGUUACUGAUCUGACAGGAAAAACUAUCAUCACAUAUUCAUCGCGUAUAUAUUAAAUCAGUUCUGGAAUGGUAGGAUAAGCAUUAACAACCAUCCUUCAUCUCAGGCUGAGGAGACUUGCAAAGAUUCUAAAAGGCAUUUGACAAUCUGGGGUCCUGCCUGCCUCGAUGAAAGAAGUUGAAAUACUGUGCAACAGUAUCCUCCAUGGCCAUGCCAGUUGUCAGGAUGUGGAACUGCUCAUUGACAGUUUUGCUUCAUGUUUACUGGAUAAAUGCUACAAUGGCUUCAGCCCUCUUUGCCUGGCAUGCAAGUUAAACCGGUAUGACCUUGUUGUACUACUACUGAGAAAAGGAGCAGACCCUAACUUUGCUUCAUACUACCUGGGAAAGUAUCCUCUCCAUUUUGCUUGUGACCAUUCCAAUGGGAACCUAGAGCUUGUCAAAUAUUUGCUCAAAGAAGGAGCUGAGGUUAAUGUUCGUGAUGCUGAUGGCAAUACAGGAUUGCACCUAGCAUGCACGGAGUCCAAUGUUGUUGUAGUACAGUGUUUGCUGGAGGCUGGUGCAGAUGUCAUGGCAGCAGAUGUGGAUGAUGAAACUCCAUUGGUGCGGGCAUGUUAUGCUAAAAGUGUGGAGCUUGUGGACAUUCUCAUCAAAGCUAAAAGUGAUGCUAAUUAUCCUCAUGGCCUGCCGCUAGAGAUUGCUGUCAGAGCCCCAUCUUUAGAAGUCUUGAAGCUUCUUAUCGCUGGAGGGGCUGAGGUGACACGUAAUUCAUACCUGGGUUUUGCCAGUGAACACAACUAUCUGGACAUGAUGAAGGUACUCCACAACUAUGGCGUAGAUGUAAACCUUCGUGGAGCACUGGGUCUCACAGCUCUGCAUCAUGCCUGCAUCUCUCGCGAGUCAUCUGAAGAAGCUGUUCGUUUACUUUUGCUGUGGGGUGCAGAUGUUCAACUUGUGAGUGCAACUGGUGACACAGCCCUACAUUAUGCCUGUCAGUCUUUUGCAGUAGAUAAAGCUAAACUGCUUUUAGACUACGGAACCUAUGUGAACAUGCAAGAUGGCACCCAGCUUACACCCCUUUUAGCUACGCUGACAACGAGAUGUCAGCCUGAAGAGACCGCACGAUGCUUGACCCUUGUUAAGUUGCUGCUUGCUUCUGGGGCUCGGAUACUGGCAGACACCUUGGAACGACUGAAAGUACUGAUUAUUUACCUACAAAGCUCACAGCAGGAUAAAGACAGCUUGUUCCGGCUGCUGAUGGACCAUGCCACUUCCCCACUUUCCUUACAAUCGAUCUGUCGCCUCAACAUCCGCGCCAAAGUGCCCCCAAACAAACAUGAGAGUGUGCGGCACCUUCCUCUUCCCAAGUCUUUGAUAGGUUUUUUGCAGUUUGAUGAUCUAAAUGCCAGCUAAUUUGCACCCAUAGUUGGGGUUAAGUGUGUUGAUGGCCUCCAAGCUUACUUGACUAAAAAUCUUCCCAGCAUGCCUAGUAUUUAAAAAAAUUCACAUGUGGUUUAUUUUGCUUCCAUAGAUCAAAAAACAUUUUAACAAGGAAAUAUAUUUGAAAUUCAGUUCACUAAUAAUUUUGUAUUCAAAGAGUAUAAACUUGGUACAUGCAGAAGCUAGGCGAUUUCUUAGGUUGAGCAGCCUUAACAAAAAAGAUAAUUUCCUACCAUAAAAUUUUGGAGCAUUUUGUCUUACCCCGGUUUUUUUUUAAAAUACACUUAACAUACUUUGUGUUCUAUAAGCUGAGCCUAUUGUUAGUUAUAAGUGGCCAACACAGAUGUCCAUUCUGCAAAUACAGUUAUCUGAAAGAAGUGCAUGGGUAUGCUAAAUUUUCAUCUAUUUUAGUCAUUAGUCUGUUCGUCACUAGUCAACAAUAGUGAAUCAGAAAAGUAGAACAGAUGAGGACUUUGUAUUUAAGUGUCUUUUGAAAGCGUUCAAUGCGUUUGACAUAUCUACCUAAUAAAUUUUUCUCCCUUAAAAGUCAGUAAAUGUAACUUCAAAGUGCUAAAAAUUGUGCAUUUUGUUUAUGGGCAUUGCAUUAACAUAGUCUGGUCCUUCUAUAUCUCUGCUGUCUAUUUCACAUGUUAUUUUUGCCCAUUCAGAUCCCCAAAGCUAGAUGAUAAUUUCCAUCCCAUCUUUAGUUAGGAAGCAUAUGCAGAUGAACUAUUGAUAGGGAAAAUCGUCUGUACAUGCACUUCUAAUCAUGUUAUCAGAACACCUAUGUAAACAGUCUGCGCAAAAUGGUAGAUUAAUGAAUCAUACACAUAUAAGUGUUGAAAAGAAGCAUACAUAAAAAGUAAAACAAGUUCAAAAUACUUGAUAAGAUUAGAAAACCAUGUUUCUCUUACCAACAUACCAGGUUAUCUGCUGUCUACAGUUAAAAGAAAAUAGCAUUGUAGGAAUCACAAUAUCAUUGUUUCUAAGCCUAAAAAAAGCAGUCAUUGACAUCAGAUUCGGUUUUUUUCCUAAGAAAGCUGUCCAUGCUUUUCUAUGGUUCUUGUUGGCAUAAGCUGAAACAUCUUUUUGGGACUGUCUUAUUAUUUGCAGGGUAUGCAGUUUUGUAAGAAUAGAUUACUGCUAUACAUAAGAUUAUGCUUGUUCACCCAGAUAAGGUAAUAAACAGUGUUUUAAAA